AGUGAACGUGUAAAUUUCUGGGCGCGUGGCGUUGGAGAGCUUCUGUAUAUACUUUUACUCCUCGACUCUCCUGCAUGAUGAAAAAGAAGCAGAGUAAAGUGGUGACGUCACAGGAAGGUGGCAUGCGGCGCGUGCCGGGAUCAGAUCGAGUUUAUGGUGACGAUGAAAGUGCGUGUAUGCGUCGAGCGUUCAGUGGAGCAUUCAGUGAGGCAUUUGGUUGGCCGUACUCUGUGAGGAUCAAAUACACAAUAAAGAGAGAUAGGUAUAGCCACUAUUACCACAGAUGUACGAUAAAAAGACAGAGAUACGACAUAUUUAAAAGUAGCAUUGCUGUAAUAUACAUACAUACUUACAUAUACGUAGUGAUAGGGUGGCUGACGCGUGCAGCCGGCCUGCAGCUGCCUCCCUCAGGUCUCUCUUCACCUCUCCCCCUUCGAAAUCAACCCAAGCUUACCCAAGAGGCCCCUCCUUCGUUCUACCACCAGGCUUUUCGGCUUCCAGUCUACGUACUAUGUCGUAGCAUCAUAACUUCUACCCCUCAGUCCGGCCUUCCCCUUCUCCAUCAAACCAUAUCUCUUUCUUGCUCACUGGUGCUCUGCGGGCCCCGUAGAACCGCCAUUAUAAGUAGGGGUGCCGUUCUGUUAAUACCUCCAGUCGAGUACAGACAAGGGUAGCUGUUGAAGCCGUUGUACUUAGCAUUUUCAAGUCAUUCCAAUAGCCCGCGUGUGUUAUAAACAACUUGUGGCCAAUUUUAAGGAUUACUUGUAUUAUUAUAAUUUUAUUAAAAACUAAUUAAAGAAAGGAUUAUUUAUUUAUUUAAGUGUGCUUAUUGUGGUAUGAUUAGUAAAACAAUAUUGUGUCGUGUGUAAAUUUGAAUUUGAAUCAAACUUUGUAAAAUGAUAUAGAGUGUUGUGUUUCCGAUUGAGGAUAACUUUUUUUUAGUUCUGUGCUAAUCCGCUGAGUGGUACUAGUGGCAUUGGGAGAAGAAGCCGGAGAAGCAACAGUACAAGACGGAAAACAGGAAUAAAAAAUAGAAAAGUCAAGAGUUUUUUGACGAAAAAAAGGAAGAAAAGACUGAAUUUAUACUGUUGUUUGAAUGCCAGUAGAUGUUUGGCUUUUUAAGUAGUAGACAACAACAGUCGUUAUAGCUUUGUAUUUUGUGUUUUCUGUCUACAGUCAUAUUAUUUCAAGCUUUCUAGGAAAGACAUUUCCUAACGGUUCUGUAUUUUCGUUGGCAAAAAAAUCUCAAAAAGUAACUUAUUAUUUUUAAACAUAACUGAAGUAAUUUUUUUAUUUAUAAAAAUUAAAAAAAUUAUAUAUUUUUGUCUCACUUCUGUCAAAUCCUUGACUCUUUCGACUUGGUGUAUAUCCCCACUCUUGAUUCAGCUUUCGUUGGCAAGGAGGGGGUCAAGGGGAAAUAGGGGAACGACACAGGCGAGUCAUCUCGUUACACCGGAGGUUCAGAUCAACUCAGUGUGCCAGUGCGCGACCUGCCGUGUGUGAUGAUUGUGUGUUCUUCUAUUUAUGUCUCCGCAAACUCAACCCGGUACCUGUAAAUACCUUUGAAAAUUUUUACAACAAUUAAAUGAUGACAACAAUGUACUGUCGCCGUGAAUUGUUGUGGGAAGUGUACAGGAAUACAAUUAAUUGUUUAUCUUAAUUUGAAGACAAAUUAUUCUCGACAACAACAAAAAAUUCCAAAGUCAAAGUAUAAAGGAAAGGAGAAUUAGCAAGAGAGACCAACAUUUAAUAUUAAAGAUCAGAAGCGUGAGACGCCAACAUCAGAAUCGAAGAAUUUCUAGUUACUAUUCAUUGGCACUUCGUUCAGGAUCAAUGGAUUAAGUGUAAAUAUGUUGAAAGUGUGAAAUUGAUACGAGUAUAUUGGUAAUAAUCAGAGUGCAGUGAUAAUAAUAGUGAAAUUGGUUAAGGCAAGAGUUGAUAAACGAGAGUUUUUGAGGCACAAGAAGAGAGAGGAGUUGGUUAGGAAGCCCUUAUGGCUGUGCAUCGAGUAUUAAUUGCCUCAAAGAGGAGGUAACAACGCGAGUUGUACGACGCGAUUGUACCGCGUAGCGACGUAAACAUCGGAGAAGCUCUAUCUAAUCAGAGCUUUUGACACAACAUGUGGACAGCGAUGCUAGUGUGGACGGUCGCCGUCGUGCUUUUACCGUCACCCCGAGCAGUGAAUGCCUCGGGCGUGUUCGAGUUACGUUUAAAGUCAUUCGUCAACGAAUACGGAAAGGACAAUACAGGAAAGUGUUGCUCAGGAAGUUCGAAGAACAACGAGUGUUUAGGAGUGUGCCAGACAAGGUUCCGAGUUUGCCUGAAGCAGUACCAAGCUAAAAUCGACACGACCACACCAUGCACGUAUGGUGACGUAGUAACACCUGUGCUUGGUGGAAAUGUUGUUAAUCUCAGUCCUGAUAUUUCAAUGCCAAGUUUUACCAACCCCCUCAGGUUCCCCUUCGACUUUUCUUGGCCGGGUACUUUUUCAUUAAUAGUCGAAGCCUAUCAUGAUGCUGAAAACUCUACACAUCCAUCAUCUGAAAAAGUUCUCAUAACAAGGUUGACGACCCAGCGAUGGCUUGAUGUUGGAACAGAGUGGACCGAGGAUGAACAUCGUAGCGCUCAUGCGCGUAUGGUGUACGAAUACAGGGCGACCUGCAGUGCACACUACUAUGGAAAGGGUUGUGAGAAUCUCUGCAGGCCACGUGACGACAGUUUCGGACAUUACAGCUGUAGUCCGACCGGUGAAAGAGUCUGUCUGUCCGGAUGGAAGGGCGAUUAUUGCAACACCCCACGCUGCUUACCUGGAUGCAAUGAACAACAUGGGCACUGCAGUCAACCUAAUGAAUGCACAUGCAAUCCCGGCUGGGCUGGAACCUAUUGCGACAAGUGCGUAAGAUAUCCAGGUUGUCUCCAUGGUACUUGCGAAAAACCAUGGGAUUGCUUGUGUAAAGAAGGAUGGGGUGGCCUAUUCUGUAACCAAGAUCUAAACUACUGCACGAAUCACAAGCCAUGCUUGAAUGGUGGCACCUGCUUCAACACCGGCCAAGGAUCUUACACCUGCUCUUGUGCGCCAGGCUUCACUGGUACUGACUGUGAAACUCCACUCUCUGAUUGUCAUUCUCAACCCUGUCUCAAUGGUGGUCAAUGCAGCAUGGUGAACAACUUAACCAGAACAGUACAUCAAUCCCACGUUACCACUAAUGUAUCCUCUGAAUGGACUACUGGUUACCGAUGCACUUGUCCAACAUCAUGGCGAGGUCGUCACUGUGAAAUUAGUUCAAAAUCAUGCAGAGACUCACCCUGCCAUCAUGAUGCUACUUGCGUGGAUGAUGCUACUAAAGGAUAUGUUUGCGAAUGUCCAGCAGGAUAUACUGGUCCAGACUGUGAGACUCAAGUAAACGAAUGCGCACCGAAUCCCUGUUUAAACGGUGGCACGUGCACUGACAUGCUGAAUAAUUAUCGUUGCACCUGCCCAAGUGGUUUCACUGGUGAACGCUGCGAGAUAAAUGUUGAUGACUGCCAAGGAGAUCCAUGUCUAAACGGUGGCACCUGCAUCGACAUGGUCAAUCGAUUCCGAUGUCAAUGUGUUCCAGGCUUUGUUGGACGAUUAUGUCAAGAUAAAGUGGAUUAUUGUUUAGCUAAGCCAUGUGCUAAUGGUGGAAAAUGUAUACCUGGAACAAAUGAUUAUAAAUGCGCAUGUAAGCCCGGUUUUACUGGAAAAGAUUGCAGUGUAGACGUUGAUGAGUGCAAAAGUGCACCAUGUCACAAUGGUGGGACAUGUAAAAAUCGUGUUAAUGGAUUUUUUUGCGAGUGUAGAGACGGAUGGCGCGGCGAUACAUGCGGUGAGCAAGAUACUGGGUUAAUUAUACCUCGAUUAUCCACAUCAGUUAGCAGAAAUGCUGGUAUCCCACCAUCAGGAGCAAGCUCUUGGUCUGGAAAUCUUUCUAGACCGUCUGCUGAAGCAAGAGAUGCUGGACUAACAACUGAACAUGUUGUAGUAAUUGCUACAUUAUCCACAGCUGUACCGGCUUUCGUUCUUGUGGCCGCUCUAGCUGUCAUGUGUAUGAAACGUCGCCAGAAGAGAGAACAAGCACGUGCAGAUGAAGAGGCAAGACUUCAAAAUGAAAGAAAUGCCGUUCAUAGCAGUUUAAGUAAACGUGCUGGUGGAGGUGUCACUUCUAGCUGUGGAAAUUCAACAGUUAGCAUGGUCGGUGGACAUCAAGGAGGUAUUUUAGGUGUGGGAACAGCUGUUACUGGUCACAGUUCACUUGGAAUGGCCGGUGGGGGCAGUAGUGUUUGCUCCCUUGGAGCUGGAGACUCACAUAUGAUUAAAAAUACUUGGACAGCUAGCAAAAGCGUCAACAAUACCAGUGUAAGAGAUGAUCUUGAUUCAUCUUUUCAAACUGAUGGUAGUCAUGAUAUCUCGUGUGGUGGCUACAAACCUGAACCCGUCAUGUCUGACGGCAGAUCAAGGACACCGAAGCAACUAAAUACUGAAGCUGCGGCUCAUCGUGCAUCGCAUCACUUUCAAAAAGACAAAGACAUUGGUGUUAGUGUAGGUGUAUUAGACUCUAAGAGGACGUCCAUGUUUUCGAGUAGCACGUCCGACUCUUGUUGCACUGUUGAAGCCGCACUACUCAAGAGGCCAAUAACGGACAGUGGUGGAAGUGCUUCCGAGAGUAGUUGUGGUGUUUAUGUUAUAGACGAUCAUUAUAGGCAUGACGCGACACUCGCGGCAACCCUCGCCACCGAAGUUUAGUCACAAUAUACAAAAAGAUAAUAUAGACUUUGACUAAACCAAUUAAAAAAUGAAAUUUUUUAAAAUAAUAGACUAUUAUCAAUUAUGUAUUCCUCUUUUUUUCUGACAUUUUCUCUUUCUCCCUGAAGAUGAUACGCUUAAACCAAGUCUUUCAUAUUGAAUUAUGAAUUAUUAUUUCAUCAAGAUUAUUAUUAAAAGUUGAAAAAAAAAUAAUUAUUCAAUGAGAUGAAAUUUCAAACGGUUUAGCACCGAUGUAACUGGAUUAUGUCGUAUUACAGCGUACAAAGCCCAGGGAAAAUGAGAAAUUAGACAAUGAAACAUGGAGGAAAGUGAGAAAUGCUGUGUCGGCGGUGACACAUUUACACCGCGAAACCCCUUUUUCCUUCAGCCCCUCUAGUUAUAUUUAAUAUUACGAUUCAACUAAAUUUUUGUACAUAAUUUAUUUAUUAUUAUUGUUAUCUACAUUUAUUGAGAAAACCUGGAUGUUACAUAAUUCCACGUAAUGUCAAUAAUUUCUUUAUUAUUAAAUAUUAAUUAAUUAAUUAUAAUUGUAAUAAUUAUUAUAUUAUUAUUAAAAUUUCAUUGCAUUAUCAUUGUUCCAGUAAUUGAUGUUGCGUGCGAAUGAUUUAUGUGCGAUUUAGAGUGAUUUAGAUACUUUCCAGUGUCUUGAGUAUAAAAAAAAAAAUAUAAAUAUAUAGAUAUUUAUAUAUAUUAUAUAUUUGUAUACGUUUAUUUUUUCAACGUAAAAUUGUCACAAUUUAUGAUUUUAUAUUUUUCUGUCUUUUUGACAAUUUUCCAGAAUGUAAAUGUAUAAAUGCAUGUCUACGAGCUUUAUAUACAUCUGUAAUUUUCAUUGUAAACCGUUUAGAAAACUGAUAAAUAUGUAAAUUUAUUAUUAUUUAUAUAAAUUGCUUGCAAGCUUUUGUAAAACAAAAAAAAAAAAAAAUGAAAAAAAUUAUUAAGGAGAAAAGAAGACAGGACAAAUUUGCAAAAGAAUUUUUUUCUCACAACAACGUUUGUAAUUUUGCUUUCGAGAACGGAUGGCGGCGAAGACGUCUGGUCGUUUCCAAAAAUAAUUCUUAGAGAAAGAAGAAUGACGACGAAUCCCCUUCUCCAAAAGUAUGUAUGUAUAGUAAGUGAGAAGUGAAUAAAAUAAAGAAGGGGUAUAAAUUGUUGUCUCGCCACUAAAUGCCUGUCAUUCGUUACCGAAAAAAAAAUUCAUGAAAAAAAAAAAUAACUAAACGAAAA